AUGAAGUCCUUCUUCUCCAAAAAGCCGGAGUUUGACGCGGUCAAGGUGAAGGCCAAUAUUCGAAUGGCCGUGACGCGUGUACGCAUGCAGCAGAACAAACUAGUCAAUGGUGUAAAGAUUCAAAGGCGCCAAAUUGCGGAGCUUCUCGCGUUGCAGAAGUACGACUCAGCCCGCAUCAAAGUGGAGCAGGUCAUACGCGAUGAUGUGAGUAUUGAGGGCCUGGAGGCACUUUCGCUCUUUCUUGAGCUUAUCGCUAACCGUGUGCAGAUGAUUGCCGAUGUUAAGGGCACCAAAGGUAACGCUGCCGGGAUACAUUGCCCACCGGAGCUGAAGGAAAGUGUCACUUCAGUUUUGUGGGCCUCCGCCCGUCUGGGCGAUAUUGCGCCGGAGUUGCAGAAUAUUAAGAAUUUUUUUGAAAUGAAGUUUGGCAAGGCAUUUGUGAUGAUGAGUGUAAAUAACACGGAAUUUUCUGUGAAUCAGACAAUUAUUGAUCGCCUAGGCAUAUUUACUCCAUCAAAUGAGCGUUGCCUGCAGUACCUUACCAUGAUCGCCACCGAAUACAGCAUCGAGGGAUACGACGAGCAAAAGCUGCGUGACCCGAACAAUUUAGUUGCCUCUGCCGCCGCCGCGAGUGGCGCUGCGAUUUUGAGUGUUGUCGAUGAGAAGAAGAAAUCCGGCGGUGCUUCGGCAGUUAGAUCGGUUACGAGUGGCACCAUAAAGACACCUUCGGGGCUGAUCAUUCCUGCGCUGACGACCCCGCGUGACGAACUAGAAUGGCGGCUGCUUCAACUGAAAAGGGAAUGA